ACCAGACGACAACAAAAAGCGCACGAGACAUCACAGACGGCAGGAAGCGUCUCUUGUUGCGUUUAAAGAUUUACUGCAGCUCUACCAUGCCCGUGGCCUCCACCAGGACAGAGCCUGUGCCCCAAGUGUUGGACGCAAUGAGCGACAGCACGGCCAGCUCCACCACAGCCAAUGACCUGGACCUCAUUUACCUCAAAGGCAUCAUGGAAAGCCCUCUGGAGCAAGAGGAGAGCCUGAAGGAGCCACGGUUGUCACCCGUGAGGGAGAAUAAUGUGGAGCUCCUGCAGGAGAUCCUGAGAGACCUGGACCCAUUCACCAAUCGUUCUGACACCGCAGCCGAGCUUGCUUGCAUUCUCACGCAGCCUCACUUCCAGUCUCUGCUGGAGACACAUGAUUCAGUGGCAGCUCAAGCGUGUGAAAGUCCACCUCCCAGCCCAUGUGACUUUGUGGAUCAUGAACCAGAAGACAGCCAAGCACACAACCACCUUCCACCUGAUGCCAUCCGCAUGGUGGGCAUACGCAAAAUAGCCGGGGAGCAUCUGGGUGUGACAUUCAAGGUGGAGGGUGGGGAGCUGGUGAUAGCUCGUAUUCUUCAUGGUGGGAUGAUAGACCAACAAGGACUGCUGCACGUCGGCGAUAUCAUCAAAGAGGUGAAUGGACGAGAAGUGGGCAGGGACCCCAGGGUUUUACAGGAAGAGCUGCAAGCAGCUAGUGGAAUUGUGGUUCUGAAGAUACUGCCAAGUUAUCAUGAAUCCAUACCACCUGUACAGGUAUUCUUUAAGUGUCACUAUGAUUAUGACCCAGCCAACGACAACUUGAUUCCUUGCAAGGAGGCGGGGUUGAGGUUUGAGACCGGAGAUAUCCUGCAAAUAGUCAAUCAGGAUGAUGUCAACUGGUGGCAGGCACGACAUGUGGAAGGUGGGAGUGCUGGGUUAAUCCCUAGUCAGAUGCUUGAGGAAAAAAGGAAAGCUUUUGUCAAGAGAGAUGUGGAGCUGGCACCUGCAGGAAAUCUGUGUACUGGUGUUGGAGGAAAGAAGAAGAAGAAGAUGAUGUAUGUGACCACCAAAAAUGCAGAGUUUGACAGACAUGAGAUACUGCUCUAUGAGGAGGUGGCCAAGGUCCCACCUUUCAAGAGGAAAACUCUGAUUCUGAUUGGUGCUCAAGGUGUGGGGAGGCGGAGACUAAAGAAUAAGCUUCUACUGAGGGAUCCACAGCUCUUUGGGACCAUAAUUCCAUACACCUCCAGAAAACCCAAAAAGGGAGAGCGAGAGAGUCGGAUGUUUGCUUUCACUACCCGCAGCAAAAUGGAAACAGACAUCAAGAACGGGCGCUAUCUAGAACAUGGAGAGUAUGAGGGCAACCUGUACGGCUUGAAGAUCGACUCCAUACAUGAGGUGGUGGAGGCAGGGCGGGUCUGCAUACUGGACGCCAACCCUCAGUCUCUCAAAGUUCUUCGGACCUCUGAGUUCUUGCCCUACAUCGUGUUCCUUCAAGCUCCAGAGUUCGAGGUGCUCAAGGCAAUAAAUCAGUCAGCUGCAGAAGCAGGGGUCGUCACCAAGACGCUGAUGGAUGAAGAGCUGCAGAGGACGUGCGACGAGAGUGCUAAAAUCCAGACAGCUUAUGGUCACUACUUUGACCUCAGCAUUGUCAACGACAACCUCGACGAGACAUACCGCACCGUCAAAGCAGCGCUGGAAACUGUUUCCAAAAACCCCCAGUGGGUCCCGGUCACCUGGGUGUUCUAGAAAGAGACGUGCUGGACUGAGGAGGGAGGGAACAAGAAAGGAAGCAGGCACUGAAAAUAUUCCACUGAGUAUAAAUGAUGGGUAAUAACUUUACAGGAUAACUUCUCAAAUUUCCAUAAUUUCAACAGGAUAUAUCUUCAGUGCUGCAAAGAAAGAGUGGAAUUGAAGAAGGAAAGAGAUGAACAAGGAGGUGGAAAAAAACCCUUCAUUUCAAAAAGUGUGCAUAUGCAUGUGUGUUCCUGUUUACAUAGAGACUUCAGAGCAAAGACUUGUGCCAUUACUGAUGAUUAUCAUCAGACAUUGUCAUUGUUUACAUUUUUUGCGUUUAAUCAGUGCCAUCUCAGUGCAACUCAGUGCCAUCAGGAACAAGCAAGCUCCAUCUUUCACUUUUGUAAGUGUACAGUUUCUCAUCAUGAAAUCAAAAAUAGUUUCCCACUGCCUUCUACAGUAAAUGUGGAUGUUUUGCGUAAAGGUUAAGUUGUAUAAGGCUUCCUAUCAAUCCCCUCACACCCAUGGGUAAAGCUUUUUUUAGGUUAAGUCUAGUGAGGCCGUCAUAAUCUUUAAAAAAUGUCUCUUGUUCUGGAGUUGGUUGAAAAGUGAAAGGACAUCUCUUUCAGGCUUUUAAAAAGAUUUGAUUUGAACCUUUUAUUGGUUAGAGACACUAAUCACUGAGCAAUAGCAUCUAAAUGGUACAUGACCAUCAGUGGCAAUAAUUGAUUAAAUUUGUUUGAAAAGUCAAAGUUAACAUCACAUCUAGAUCAGGGGUCUCAAACUCCAGUCCUCGAGGGCCGGUGUCCUGAAACUUUUGUACCUGUUGCAACACAACUGAAUACAAUUAGUAGGUCAUUAGCAAGAGUGUAGAACUUGAGUAUAGAACUUGACUGCAUGCAGCCCCUACCCCUACAAAAUUUGAGUAAUGUAAGUGUUUGGAAAAAUGUACUUCUAAAAGUACUUUUAUUGCACCAUGUUCAUUCACUCAUGAGCUGCUGUAACGUGAAUCAAAUGGCUGAAUAGCCACCUCAGUCCUCAAGGACUGGAGUUUGAGACCCCUGAUCUCGAUCAAAACCUAGCAUGAAACCUCUCAGCCAGGUUUAAACAUAAAGAAACAUUUUUUCUAGAUAUCUUCACCUAUCAUAAAAACACAGCCCGUCACAUUUCACUAUAAUCUCAUCUUAACUUUGUUUCAGUGUACAGUCACUUCUUUAACAGUUUUUCAACAAGUAGCAUACUGGGUGGGUCACAUGGAUUAAAGUAUGAUUUAGAGAGCAAAAAAGAAUCAACGAAUAUGCUCUUCAUCCUAUGGAGCAGGUGCUGAAAAAAUAGGACAAAGAAAUCAAUGAGAAAUCUGGAGCUCUGCAUUCAGUGAACUGUUAACUGUUUUUCUUAAACCAUGAUUUACUCAUAAUGCUGGCCUCUUCUCAUGGUUCUGUUAUUAAACUUGAACCCUCUUUAAUUCAGUUCCAUGUGUAAAAUGUGAAUGUGGCCACUAUUAAGAGCAAAUCAUAGAAUGAGUCUUAGGAGAUACACUGUUCAUUUAAAACAGAACUCCGGGCCUUAAGGGCCGGUAUCCUGCAGGUUUUAGAUGUCCUUGAUCCAACACAGCUGAUUUAAAUGGCUAAAAUCAACGUGUCUUGAAGUUCUCCAGAGGCCUGGUAAUGAACUAAUCAUUUGAUUCAGGUGUGUUGGCCCAGGGUGAUAUCUAAAACCCUACAGGCCUGAUUUAAAACAACCAUUUACUUGAUGAUUUUCUAUUUGUUUUCUGUAUGGGUUUGUCAUCAUAUUCCAAAUUUAAUAAUUGUUCGCAGACACUUAAAAUUCCUCAUCUAGAACCAUCUGAGAGGACUCUUUUUUUUUUUUAGCUGCCAAAAAGUGUGUCAGGCUUCUUUUUUGUUUUGUUUUUAAUCUGCUGGUUACUACGAAACAAAUAUCAGCUUUGUAGUUGUGCUGAUCAGCCAGUAGACAGAUUCAGCCAGUCUGAAUCAAGUAUUACUGCCUUAAGGCCUGGUCACACUAUUUCACAGUCAGUUACUUUAAUGGAUUUUAUUUGCAGUGGUUAAGCUCAAUUUAAGCACAUUUUGACCCAUGAAUAUGUUUCAUUCCACAAUAGUAACCCAUAUGGAAAAGAAAUAGAAAAAACUUAUAAAAGACUUGCAUAAGAUUUGGCUUACUUCA